GUACUCUCACCCAAACAUCAUCAAAAUUAUUAUCUUUGGCAUUGAAUCAUCACUAUAAUAAGUGUAUCGCUCAUUUAUAAACAUGGCUCCGAUGACCAUGGCAGCUCGCCGAGAGAAACGGAAGCUGGCCAAGAACCCACCAGUCACGAAAUAUAAUUUGGAUCCAACUACUCCAGUCCAUCGACAAUCACUUGCAACUGCUGCUCACGCUCCUGCCAUGGUUGAAGCCAGGCAGCCCGCAGUUACUCCCCAGUUGCGUUAUGCCAUUCCCGAUCAACCACAGAGAUCGGAACUAUCUAUGAACAGGAACAAGUCUGAACAUAAAGGACAAAGUGAUUGGAUGGUCCCGUUCUGUCAUCAUCCUGAGAGUGAUCACACAACUGCCUUGGAGGGAUUAUUUAUUCCUUGUCUCCUAUACGGCAAAACUCACUGGCGAUUGAAGAAUGUAGCUCUUGGUCGGGAUCCACAUGACUUUAAGCCUUCUGAUGGCUGCAAUUCGAUGUGUUGGAUCCAUGGUGCUUUGACAGCUGCUUGUUGUUUGUCGAUCGGUCUUACUCUUAUACAACGUGCCCGGAUUCGCGCCCAAUACAGAAUAUUAGGGUCUAUGGGGAACGAUGUCAUCAAGUCAUGUUUCUGUGGUCCAUGUGUGAUGAUGCAACAUGAUCGAGAGGUCCGGGCUAGAGAAGGUGCUUCAGGGCUAACGAAAUUCCCCAAUGAUGCACAAAUGUCUCAUAAACAACCCAAUCUAUCGCAGCCAAUGAGAUAUGCCUCGCAAAAAGCACCUUCAGCUGAAAAUCCAGGCAUAGAAAACAGGAUAUACAAUCAAGGAAGACGUUAUACGGAUUCUGAGCUUCGAGAGGUCCCUGCAGUAGCUAUACUGAGUACCAGUGAACAUAGCUGUCAGGGUUCGAAUAACCAGAGCACCUCUCAACAUUGUGAAAUGGAGGAAUUGAAGGAUCAUAUGCUUAUGGAGCCGCAUAGGAGGGCUAUCAACUCCAGCAAUGCCGGUGCCGCUGUUGAUGGUACUACAUCUUCAAGACAGAAAACUCGAGUGAGUUCAGAGAGACUUAGUUUGGGCAGUAUUGCCAGUUGCAGUACAUUUUUCGUUGAGCCAGAUUCGCCGACUGCUUCAAUCCAUGGAAUUUAUCUGCAAGUCAAAGGUUGUGAGAAGCUCUCUAGAAUGCCAGCAAGAGGAAAUCUCUCUUACGUUCAUGACUUCUCUGAUUACUCCGCUACCAAGAUUGUAUUGGAACAUUAUGCGAAGGAAGAAAGGCGUUUGCAGGAGAAAGGAACCGUCAGUUGUCUUGCUCACUUUAGUGAAGACAAAGAAAACCUUCUGCUGUCGGUCUCGGAUGAUCUUGUUUUAUCAUCUACCACAUCCUCUAGUUCUAGCACGGUUCGGCAACAUACAUCCAAAGAAGAUGCUUCCAAAAUGCCGCUUUCCGAGCUUGUCAACCCGUGCCGUAACGAUAGCUGCGCCGAAUCGGUGGAUUCCGCUUGGUUAUUGGAUAUACCAAUACAACAUCGAAUUUCAAGUUAUUCUAUUAUACCUAGGAACCCAUCUAGUAUCCGGGGAUCGAUAAGAAAUCACAGAAUCACAAGCUGUCCUGCUACACCUGGUACCCCGGUUAUUAGCACCCCCGAGAGCUCUGCAGAAAGGAAUCGCAUGCUAAGUUGCACCGUCGAGACCGCACCUCCAUCAAGCUCACCUUCUCCGGUCUUGCAAAACAAUGGCUCACCAUCUAUCAUGGAUAUCGUGGAUGAUUCCGAUAUUUCAACUCCUCUUAUUCAAUAUUCACAGUACCGUCAUCUUUUGGACGAGAAUACUCUCGAAUCCGGCUCGCCUAUUUCUAGAUUUUCAUCAAGAUCUCGAGCUUUCAGUUGUACUGCUCUUAACCCUGUUUCCUGUGAGCAACACUCCUUAGAGGGUUGCUCUGAUCUUGCUGGUGAUUGCAGUCCCGUUACAAUUAGACAACAUCGUAUAUCGAGCUGUUGUGCUUCGAUUCCCUCCGGUAGCAUGAAUCAAAGCGAUGGAGAUGGGUCUCAUAAAUUAAAAGACUGUAACUUUACGACCGGAUCUUCUACGCCUGUUCUCACUAAGCCGUACAGAUUUGCAAGUUAUGUGGCUGAUAGUCCCCAAUCUAGUCGUAAAAGCUCAGCGGUGAUGGCUCACUUGAUGGAAGAUGGAUGCCUACUUUCUGGAGUUGCAAGUCCUAUCAAGCAGCAUCGUAUUUCAAGCUGCGGUGGCAACGCCAGUGACGGGAAUUCGGCAAAUAACAAGAACGAGAACGGAUAUAUGUCAUCGAGCUCAUCAACUCCAAACCCACGUCAACAUCGGGCCGUGAGCUGCAUUGCUUCCACCAUCAUUUCGGAGUGCGACGAGCAUCUAAUUGAUGAUUGCGAGUACGAUUCUAAAAUCAGCAGCCCACUUUUACAGCACAAUGAAAUAGAUUGCGAUUUAACUUCAGUGUCAGGAGAAGAGCAGAGACAUUUGUUGGCGGUAUUGGAAGAAGAACAGGAACACUUACUAGAAGAAUGUGUGGCAGAUUCUGGCCCUUCAACCCCUCUCCGACAGCACCGAAUUUCAAGUUGUGUUGUUUCUGGCCCCUCCAGCAAUAGAAAUUCAGUGGUAAAGCAGCACAGAGCUUCUAGUUGCCCCUCAAUCAUACCGGCCGAGGGUAGUCGACCAAACAGUGUAUCUCAUGAUUCUCUUCGACUUCCUCGAGGACUUCUCGUCGAUACUAGUGAUAAUGAUCAAUCAACUCACACAAACUACGAGGAUUGUCUACACACACUAGAUGAAUGCAUUACUCCAGCCGACAGAGCGAAAAUGGAAGCCAGUGCAAGCCGGGACACUGAAUAUGAAAAAUAUAGCACGAGGAUUGCCCAUCACUUCAACGACCAACCAUCCGAGUUCAAUGAAAAGUCCACUGUCAGAAAAGAAGGAAGUCAGAGACUUAGAUUCAACGACUUCGCUUCACACGAAAGCGAUGCUCAAUUUACACUCGCCCAAGUUCUUUCUCUGAACCAAGAGAGCCCCUUUGUUAGUGUAAAUCCAAUGGACGGAGAUGGAACCAUGAGUGUGGCUAGCCGAAAAGGAAGUGCUGCACCGCCAGUACCAUUUCCAUCGCCCGCUGCACCGUAUCCCUCGCCAAUCACGCCAUUGAAUAUAUCUGGUGCGUACCCGCAAUCUAUUACGCCUUUGAGCCUGAGGAAAGAUAAGAAAAGAUUUCCGUCGGAACAAAGCUCGGCUGGGAGUGGGUUUGCUAGUUACUUUGGAUUUGGUAGCUCGAAGAAGACAUCAUCAGGGCUGUGAGUGGCCACUGUUGAACUUUUAGAGUUUGCGACGGCGCUGACAUACUUAUAAGAAUCGAUAAUUCUGGUGGUAAUACCGGUAGGAGAGUCGAGAGUGGAAGUGCAAGUAGAGUUAGGGAUAUGGGGCUGGGGGUUGUCGAGCUGGCGUCAUUUGAGGAAUUGGAGUUGGAGGAGCUUUUGAGCUAAGAUGAUUUGGAAAUUGGAAGAAUUAGGGGGUUCAUAUUGUUGCGGGUGUAGAGGUAGGAUUAUGAUUAUUAGUAGUGUUGCUAUGGGUGAUAUUAUUGAUGAUGGGGAUGUAUAUAAUAUCCAUUCCGUUACAUUCUUUUGUGGGUUUUCAAACCGCCAUUCAUACAUACGUAGCUUUGAAUCCGCAUGAUUGUAUUUGAAAUACUAGAGAAGAGACGUCAGAAAGAAAAGGCA